GUAUUGUAUAUUAUCCAAUUUCCACGUGACGAUUUGAAUUGUUUUAUUUUGUUUCCUAUUUUAUAAUUAUUGUUUCCUAUAUUAUGUACAAUCUUAUUAUAUAGAUUUGAUGUAGUACACGGUUAUACUUAUAAUUUAAUUCGUAUUCUUCGAUCAAUUAUAUUGAGGAUCGAAGAAGUCAUUUAGAUUUUGGACAAGCUAUGUGCAGUGUAAACGACGACGGUUGUUCUGAAGCCUUCGAAGAUCUGGAAAAAAAUGAACCAUUGGAUGUAAAAUGCCGUAAAUGCCAAAUCCAAAAUGGAAAUGUGGUCCUACGAAAAAAGGAUGUCUAUUGCAAGGAUUGUUUUCUAACUAUGGUCGUUCAUAAGUUUCGUGCCACCUUAGGCAAGUCUAAACUAGUCAGACAAAACGAACGCGUACUUAUUUGUGUAAGCGGCUCACUAUGUUCUGUGUCUUUAUUACACAUGGUAUGGUCAGGCCUACAACAAUCUACUCACAAGCGGCUGACAUUUAAACCAAUCGUUCUACACAUUGACGAAAGCGUCUUAUUCAAUUAUCCUGAGGAGCGAUACAUUGGUAUUAAAGAAGUUUUUGAUUUUUACAGUUUACCAUAUCACAUAGUACCAUUAUCUUUGGCUCUGUAUAGUAAAAACGCCCUAGAAGAAAACAAUAAUUUGAGUGAAUAUGACAAAAAGCUGAAAUCCCUUGUGAAUAGUAUUGCUGAUCUCACGCUAAAGCAAGACAUUCUAGUUAAGCUCCGAAAACACGCUAUAAUGAAAUUAGCUGCCGAUUUAAAUUGUACUAGAGUGAUGACAGCCGAAAAUGAACACAUGUUAUCCAUUCGCUUGCUUUCAAACGUAGCUUUGGGUCGUGGGUCUCAAAUUGGAUUGGAUAUUGGUUUGGCAGUUAAUGACAAAAAAAACAAUAAUACAUCGAUAGUCAUCUUACGGCCAUUAAGAGAGUUAUCAGCUAAAGAGAUAUCAUACUAUGUAUUGUUUAACACCUUACAGGAUUUUGUGCAUUUCAACUUUUUAACAGCUACAAAUGAAGACGAGUCUAUACAAAAAACAACUGAACAGUUCAUAAACAACUUACAAGUAGAAUUCCCUUCAACGGUAUCUACAAUAUUUAGAACGGGUGAGAAAAUCGUAGAAAAAGCUUUGGACAAUUAUACGUGUUCCAUGUGCAACGGUGUUAUGGAUGUAGAUAUGCCUUCAUCGUCAGCCAUACAAGCAACCAAGUAUUCAAAAUACGUUUCACAAAUGGGAAUUAGAGCAGUGGAGUUGAGUUUUAGAGAUAAUCUUAAAGUCGAACAGCAAGUUGGAAAUAAUUGUGAUGAAUGCAAUUGUGCUAAUAAUAGAGAACAAUGUUCAAAACAAGAGCUAAGAGAUUCAAUGUGUUAUGGAUGCAGAAAUAUAAUUCAAAAUUUAGAUUCAAUGGAAAAUUUACCCCAAGAAAUACUUGAAAAAUGUAAAGAAAAUACCAAUGUAAAAAAUAUGGAAGAACAAAUUAAAGAUUUCAUAUUAUGAUUGAUAUUUCACUAAAUUAAGUUGUUUUAAUUAUUAUAGUUGGACGGUUUAUUGUUAUUUAUGUAAUCAUUUUUAAAUUUGAUACUAAAUGGAUCACGUUCAGUGGCACUAUGCCAGGUUUAUUUAAAAUGGUAAUGAAAGGAUCUAUAUUUUGCCUAACGAAUCGUAAUUACAAGGAAAUUUGAGAUUGAAGUUAUCAAUAAACACGCUUUAAUUAAAACACAAGUUUCAGCAAGACGCUGGAGUUUUAUUUUUGACGUACAUUUUUCAAACCUAAAUUAAUUUUACACCAUAAAAAAUUCAAAACUAGGAGGGAGUGAGACACGCAUAAAAAAAGGGACAAUUGGAGGUGUGUUUUUCAUCAUCUAACCUAGUUAAGCCAGGCUUGCUCGUAUUUAACAUUCUUUCUUUCAAUUCAGAAGUAUGUGUUGAUAUAAUAAUUAAAUAUACUAAAAUCAUUCAUAUAGAUAAAUUUUAAUACAAAAAAAAAAUGUAUUUCAUUUUCCAGUUAUUAUUUGUUUUAUUAUAAUAAAUUGUUAUUAACAAAUUUGGUA